CCCAGCAUCCUAUAGUUGACAUGCGCAUGCGCGAAACACACGUCUUCUCUCUUCGUCAAAGUAGUGAGGUUGUAGAGGGAGUCUCCUAUGCAGAACAUAAAGCGUGAACAUUCAGACGAAAGACCGCUUGUCUGCGCUACUGGAUGGACAGGGAUACACAUUACACUUUUGUAAAAUGAACAGCGGGUCUGUCUGAUCUACUGGAAUGAUUUAGACAGCGAAGGACUGGGAACAAGCUGUUCCUUUGGUAGGAGACAGACUGAGCAAGAAAGAGAGCCAGAGGAAAAUCUGUGAACCCCGAAGCUGGUACAUCCAGCAGGAUAUGGCUCACCUCCAGAACAUUCGCAACCAGAACUCACGUUUAAAUCCUGAGGAAUACUUCACCAAAUUGGAGCGCAUCGGUAAAGGCUCUUUUGGAGAGGUUUAUAAGGGCAUAAACAACCGCACCAAAGAGGUUGUUGCCAUUAAGAUCAUUGACUUGGAAGAAGCAGAAGAUGAGAUUGAAGACAUCCAGCAGGAGAUCACAGUGCUCAGCCAGUGCGACAGCCCUUAUGUCACCAAAUACUAUGGAUCCUAUCUGACGGGUUCUAAACUAUGGAUCAUCAUGGAAUAUCUGGGAGGUGGAUCCGCUCUGGAUCUGCUCAGACCUGGAACUUUGGAAGAGGUGUAUAUUGCCACCAUCCUCAGAGAAAUACUAAAAGGACUCGACUACCUGCACUCAGAGAGGAAGAUUCACAGAGACAUCAAAGCGGCCAAUGUGUUACUCUCUGAGCAUGGAGAAGUCAAGCUGGCAGACUUUGGAGUGGCCGGUCAGUUAACAGACACGCAGAUCAAGAGAAACACUUUUGUAGGGACUCCAUUCUGGAUGGCACCAGAGGUCAUCAAACAGUCCGCUUAUGACUUCAAGGCUGACAUCUGGUCAUUGGGCAUCACUGCCAUCGAGCUGGCUAAGGGAGAACCACCAAAUGCUGAACUUCACCCCAUGAGGGUCCUGUUCCUCAUCCCCAAAAAUAACCCCCCCACGCUGGAGGGCUCCUACAGCAAAGCCUUUAAGGACUUUGUUGAAGCUUGUCUCAAUAAAGAGCCACGAUUUAGACCGACAGCCAAAGAGCUGCUGAAACAUAAGUUCAUCACCCGCUACACCAAGAAGACGUCUUACCUGUCGGAGCUGAUAGAUCGAUACCGCCGCUGGAAGUCAGAGGGCCAUGGGGAGGAGUCUAGCUCUGAUGACUCUGACAUGGAUGGAGAAGGGGAUGACCGGGACCAGGGGCCCAUGUGGACUUUCCCCACUGUUCGGCCCUCUACCAUCAACAAGCUAAACAGAGGCCUCAGCCAUUUAGACAACAAGACAUCAGAUGUUAUGAAAAGGCAACCAAAGUCAUCAUCUCUGACAUCGUUCAUCACACCAAUCUUCAAAGAGUUGAAGGAGAAGCGGCGUGUCGGUGGGAAUGGUGUUUGUGCUGUGGAGGAGCUGGAAAACGCCUUCAGCCUAGCAGAAGAGUCCAGUCCCGGAAUCUCUGACCGGCUGCUCAAUCACGUCAUGGAGAGAGUCUGCAGGUUUACGCUCAACGGAAACAGCUUACCUUUAAAACGCUGAGGUUUCUCUGACCAGCCUGAUGGACAGACUCUCCUGAUGCCCUCGUGAGCUGGUCCUCAGCGCCCACCAGCUGAAGACCAACCAGUCUGUCCAUCACCGCUUGUAUGAUGAGAUGAGUUUACAAGUUUUCUUUGUAGAAUUUUCAAUGAAAUGUAAAAUAUGAAACUGAAAUGUAAAAUACAAUAUGAUGCCAAUGAAAUGUAAAAUAUAAAUCGUAUGUGCAUUUGGUUAAAUGACAGUGCAUUUAACUAUAAAUUAAAUAAACUAAUGAACAAAGGAAAAUGUUGAUUAUUUGUGCAUUGUAAUUUAAAAUACAGUGUGUAAAGGGAAAGGUUUGAAGGGUUAGUUCACACCAAAAUGUACAUUUGUGUACUUUAUUUUACUUAUGUCAUUCUCACCCGCUUUGAAUGUUAUCAUGCGGUUGAAUGGGCAUUUGUCAGUGGUUAUCAGCUGAUAGACAAUGAUAGACUCAGAAGGGUGUUCAUUUAUCCACACGGUUAAUCAGAUA